CACUUACCAAGGACGGAGUCUGGUCUAAGGACAGCGUCUGGUCCAGGAACAGUGUGCUGCAUUCUCCAGCAUCUGCAGCUCCCAUUAUCUCUGCCUUGUACAGGGUCCAACAGGCAGCAGGCAUUGAGUAGUGGUGAUGGUUCUGGUUGUUGAUAUGAAUUCACUGUUGAGCUAUGUGGAGCCAGUAGUGGUUCUUACCAAUGUGGCCAAUUCCCUGUUUGAUACAGCGCUACUGAUGGAGGUAUAUGACCACCUGAAUGGGACAGCGGCUGGAAGCAGUGACCUGGUCCAGAAGGAAGUGGCCCAGUUCUAUAUGAUUUACAACAUGAUCUACUCAUUAGCCCCCUUACUGACCACGGUGCUGCUGGGAAGGUGGGCUGAUUGCCAAGGCCAGAAGGUGCUACUGGUGGUGCCAUUACUGGGCUACCUGCUGGGAAGACUCUUACUACUGUUCACCCACAUUUUCCAGCUCCCUGUCAACGUGAUGUUCGGUUGUGCUGUGAUCAAUGGAUUGACUGGGGGAUUCCCAGCUUACUGGAGUGGGAUUAAUGCCAUCACUGCCCUGAGGUCAGGACCAGCCAGACGCAGUCUGAGGUUAAAUAUGCUGGAGGUGGCAUCGGGGAUAGCUGGAUUCAUUGGCAGUGUGGCAUCUGGCCACUUCUUCCUGAUGAAAGUUAACAACCAACACGGGCUGUUACUGAUCUGCCUGUGCCUAACUCUGUACUUACUAAGUCUGCUGUAUGCGGCAUUUAUCCUCCGUUAUCCUUCUGUCCAGCCACAAUGCCAGGUUCCCACAGAGGUGAAUGACCCCAGCCCGAAGAGGUACAGCAUACAGAUGGCUCUUCUGUUUGUCUGCUACAUCCUGUAUGAUUUUGGAGUGACUGGUGGUGAGAACAUCAUCUCAAUCUUUGUCCUGAAGCCCCCCUUGAGCUGGGAUGCAGUCUGGGUGGGCUAUGGUAAAGCUGCCUGCUACGUCAUGUUUCUGACCAGCUUCCUCGGAGUUCUGAUUCUUUCUAAAUGGCUGAGUGACACCUCCCUGGUCUUUAUGGGGAUCAUCUCCAACACGUCUGGGUUCAUCACCAUGGCCUUUGUGAGCAGGAGUUCGGUCUAUUUUGUUGCUCGCAGCAUGAUGUUAUUCUCGUGUAUUCCAAUGCCCACAAUUCGAGCUCAGCUGUCCAAGCAAAUGGAGGGGGCUUCUUACGGUUCCAUCUUCGCCUGGCUGCAGUCAGCAAUUGCUUUAACAGACGUGAUUUCCACCGCUAUGUUCAACAGUCUGUAUGCUAACUCGGUCCAGUCGGCCAGUAACUUCCUUCUACUCCUAGCUGCAGCGAUAUGUUGGUCCAGCACUGUGCCAGUUGUGAUUUAUAGCUGGAGAGAGAAAAGGGGAACUCAUGGCUCAAUUGCUGGCACAGACUCAGGACAGAGACUGAUCACAGAGGAACUGCACUACAGUGAUGGCAGCUGUACAUCGUCUCUUUCAGAAUGAGGAAUCACAGCCAGUAUGUGAAAAUCCAGUUGACAGAAAGAGACCAAGAGGUUAAACGUCAAGGAAAGAACAUCGAGGCCUGACCAUGAGGAAUUCUCAUUUCUUGGUCUCAAACUGAAAAUGAUUGGAACGUUGACAUGGGAGCUUGCUGUGUCUCCCAAAGGAGCUGGGGUCUUGAAAAAGAAUAUUUUUGGGAAUGAUAGACUGCCAUGCUUGCCCAAUCAAGUACCCCACAAACUGUGUAUUUUUUUAUGAAGUCUCACAAAUCUUUCAGUUCAUAAAAUGAUUCAAAGCAGCUGAAGGACAAUGAAUGCCAACAAAUCCCAUAUCCUGAGAUCGAAUGGAAGAUCAGUUGAAGUGCAUAAUAAUUAUCUGUUUAUUUAUUCCGUCAGAUUUAUUCUGUCAGAUAUUGCACCUUGAGAUUAAUGUUGAUCUACCUCACAGUGAGAUCUUUCUGUUUGCCUAAUGACCCUGAUUUGUUAUUACAGCAGAGAAAUCCUCCAGGAUUCUGUAAUAGUGCGCACCACUCAAUUAGUUUUGCAGUUGUUCGUUCGCUUGUUG